CUGGAACACAACCUCCAAAUCGACGCCACCGUAGGCCUCUUACGUUCACUGGUUUUUCUAUAUAAAGCGAGGACCUCGGGACCUCCGCGACACGGAUUUGCUCUAGAAUAUUCCCGAGAGCCGCAAACAACACCAGCGAAGGCGGAGAAGCCUUCAAGCUCCAUAAUGCCAAAGAAGGCAAUUGACGCGCGUAUACCAGCACUCAUCAGGAAUGGUGCGCAAGAGAAGAAACGAAGCUUCUUCGUAGUCGUCGGCGACCGACAGAAAGAUGUCAUAGUCAACCUAUACCAUAUCCUCCUGAAUGUAGAUGUGAAGCUGAAUAAGUCGGUUCUUUGGGCCUACAAGAAUAAGUUGCUUGGAUUCUCAAGUCACCGGAAGAAACGCGAAAAGAAAAUCAAGAGCGAGAUUAAGCGAGGAAUCCGCGACGUGGAUACAGAGGACCCCUUUGAACUAUUCGUCUCAACCCAGAAUAUCCGAUAUGUCUACUACAAGGAAACGGAGAAGAUUUUGGGAAAUACAUAUGGGAUGUGCAUAUUACAGGACUUCGAAGCGAUAACACCCAACCUCCUUGCGCGUACAAUAGAAACAGUGGAAGGAGGAGGUCUGGUAAUUCUCUUGCUCAAGGGGAUGAACAGCUUGAAACAGCUCUACACGUUGACGAUGGACGUCCAUUCCAGAUAUCGGACGGAAGCACACAGCGAUGUCGUUGCACGGUUUAACGAGCGAUUUAUCCUGUCUCUCGGAAAGUGCGAAUCGUGUCUGGUGGUAGACGAUGAGCUGAACGUGUUGCCCAUAUCCGGAGGCAAGCAUGUGAAACAAUUACCACCUCCGGACCCUGAGAUGGAGGGCAAAAUGCCCAAGGCAAAAGAACUAGAGGAAAUAAAGGAAUCCCUGGCAGAUACACCUCCCGUGGGUGACCUCAUCAAAUUGGCGAAGACAGUGGACCAGGCGAAAGCCUUGCUCACGUUCGUCGAAGCAAUCUCUGAAAAGACUUUGUCGAGCACGGUUACGUUAACGGCAGCGCGUGGUCGAGGCAAGUCCGCCGCAUUGGGUGUUGCUGUCGCCGCAGCUAUUGCACAUGGUUACAGCAACAUCUUCAUCACCUCUCCAAGCCCAGAGAACCUGAAGACCCUCUUUGAAUUCGUCUUCAAAGGCUUUGAUGCUCUCGGGUAUAUGGACCACCAAGACUAUACCAUCAUGCAAUCGACAAACCCCGAUUUCAACAAAGCCAUCGUCAGGGUCAACGUACACCGUCAGCAUCGACAGACAAUACAGUACAUCCAACCGCAAGACGCGUAUACGCUUGGGCAGGCUGAGCUAGUCGUUAUUGAUGAAGCAGCUGCUAUACCUUUGCCGUUGGUCAGAAAGCUCAUGGGUCCUUACCUCGUCUUCAUGGCAUCAACCAUCAACGGCUACGAAGGCACUGGACGUUCACUCUCCCUCAAGCUGAUCCAGCAGCUGCGGGAGCAGUCACGGGGCCGCAUCUCUAACGGUGGCGACCAUAUAAUAGACCGGUCAACAGGCAAAGAAUCCAAGGAUGGAACAGAGACGUCUCUAGGUGGGCGCUCACUCCGCGAAAUCACGCUGUCAGAGCCCAUCAGAUAUGCACAAGGAGAUGCAGUCGAACGAUGGAUGAAUGACCUGCUAUGUCUCGACGCAACCCUUCCAAGAUCUAAGAUGAACACUCAAGGAUGUCCCCACCCCCGCGAAUGUCAACUCCUCCAUGUUAACCGUGAUACCCUCUUCUCCUUCAACCCCGCCGCCGAAAAAUUCCUGCAAAAGAUGAUGGCUUUAUACGUUGCCAGUCACUAUAAAAAUUCUCCCAACGAUCUUCAGCUGAUGUCGGAUGCACCGGCGCAUCAGCUCUUCGUCCUUGUACCGCCAGUCACCGAUGAUAACAAACUACCUGAACCGCUAUGUGUCAUCCAGGUUGCUCUGGAAGGCCAAAUCAGCAGAGAGAGCGUACUAAGUAGCCUUAGCCGAGGACAACGUGCGGGUGGGGAUCUGAUUCCAUGGAUUGUCUCGCAACAGUUCCAGGACGAGAACUUCGCAGCUCUCUCUGGCGCACGUGUUGUGCGGAUAGCAACGAACCCUGACUAUAUCAACAUGGGGUACGGCUCCCGCGCCCUGGAACUUCUUAUAGACUACUACGACGGCAAACUCGCUAGUCUUUCGGAAUCCGAGCCUCAAGACAUUCCAACAAUGAGAAGAGUGACGGAGGCGGAGUUGGAGAAUGCCACGCUCCUCAAGGAUGAUGUCAAGGUGAGGGAGGCAAAGGAUAUGCCUCCCCUCUUUGCGCGGUUGUCAGAACUUCGAGCGCCACAGUUGGAUUGGGUGGGUGUGUCGUACGGACUCACACAACCCCUUCACAGAUUCUGGAAACGGGCUUCCUUCAUUCCGGUCUACUUGCGGCAAACACCCAAUGAGCUCACAGGCGAGCAUACCUGUGUCAUGCUGCGAUCUUUAGAGACUACGACAUCUGACGGCAGCUGGGUAGCUGCUUUCGCAAAGGAUUUCCAGCGCCGUUUCCUCUCUCUCCUCUCCUUCCAGUUCGCAAAGUUUCCGGCUACGUUGGCUCUGUCCAUAGACGAAUCCGCGUCAGCUGGUGCAAAGUUGGACGAAGACCUUGCACCCAAACCUUUGACAAAAGCGGAACUGGAUAAUCUCUUCAGUCCCUUUGACCUCAAGCGGCUUGACUCAUAUGCCAACAACAUGCUUGACUACCAUGUCAUCCUCGAUAUGCUACCUUCUCUGGCGAUGCUAUACUUCACUGGCAGACUUAAGGGCCAAGUUAAGAUGCAGGGUAUCCAAUCAGCGCUGCUGCUAGCUAUUGGCCUUCAACACAAGGAGUUCUCGGAUCUGGAGAAAGAGCUGCCCAUGAACACCAGCCAGCUCAUGGCCAUGUUCGUCAAGAUCAUCCGCAAAAUCUCUACUGCCUUCCGCUCCAUCCUGGAAGGCGCUGUCGAGGAGACGCUUCCUGAGCGGAUGGAAGUUGUAGAAAAUGGCUUUGGGAACGGUGACAGUGAAGCUCCGCAGAAAUUUCAGCCAUUGGACAAAGACCUGGACGAGGAGCUGAGGGAAGGCGGAGACGAGAUUCAGAGGCUGGAAAGAGAACGGGCAAAGGCUCUUAUUGAUGCCCUUCCGCUGGAAAGAUACGAAAUCUCGACAGGCACUGCAGACUGGGCUGAUGCCGAGCGCCAAAUCCGCAACGCUGCUAAAGACGGCGGUGCCAGUAACAUGACCGUGAGCGUCAAGAGUGGCAAAGACAAGAAGAGAAAAGCAGGCGAGGCUGUAGAGGAAGCCUACAAAGAAGCAGAGAAGUUCAGAGAGGGAGGCCUCAAAAAGAAGAAGAGCAAGUUCGGCAAGGGCUCAAGAUAAGCUGGUUCAUGUAUCCAUGCAUCGUCUCUAUAUAUGGAGCGGAACGCUGUUGUGGGUUCCCUAUCUUGUCUUGAACCUCUCCCCACGGUGGUCCUCGACGGGCUGCUUACGAUCUCCCCUGGUAGCCCUCAGAUAUUCCGCUUGACGCCUUGAUGCCUGCUCAAGUGACCAUUCAUCCAUGAUAUACCCCACUACAGCAAGCGUAUAUAGGAAUAAGUAUCGGCGUAGGCAUAUAUAAUCCACAGAAAGUAG